CUCCUGCUCUCCGUCUGCUCCCACUACUCUGGGUCUGGGUGGGCUAGCGAAGGAAUCAGGGAUGAAGCUCCUUUUUGUGGUUGCCUGUGCACUUUUUGUGCUCUGUACAUUUGAUAAUGCUGACUCCUCAGCUUAUGACAAAAUUGUUGCCCACAGCAGGAUCAGAGCCAGAAAAGAAGGACCCAAUGUCUGCGCCCUCCAGCAAGUCAUGGGAACCAAGAAGAAAUACUUUAGCACUUGCCGUAACUGGUACAGAGGGUCCAUCUGUGGAAAGAAAGCGACUGUGAUUUAUGAGUGCUGCCCAGGGUAUAUGAAAAUGGAUGGCAUGCUUGGCUGCCCUGCAGUUGCCCCGAUUGACCACGUGUAUGGCAGUUUGUCUAUAGUGAAGGCCUCAUCAACCCAAAACUACGCUGACAUUUCCAAGCUAAGACCUGAGAUUGAGGGACCAGGAUCUUUCACCUUCUUUGCUCCCAGCAAUGAGGCUUGGGAUAAUUUGGAUACGACAGUGAGGGAUGCACUGGUCAGCAACGUCAAUAUUGAACUAUACAACGCUCUUCAUUAUCAUAUGGUCAACAAGCGCCUCCUGACCAAAGACUUAAAGAAUGGAAUAAAAGUCACCUCCAUGUACAACGACCUUGAUCUCCAUAUUAACCAUUACUCCAAUGGGAUAGUGACUGUGAACUGCGCCAGGAUCAUCUACGCCAACCAGAUCGCCACAAAUGGAGUCGUGCAUGUCAUCGACCGCGUCAUCAGUGCUAUUGGAAACACUAUUCAAGAUGUCAUUGAAGUUAACGAUGACUUGACAACCCUGAGUGAUCUAUUUCAAAAUUCUGAGCUUUUGGAGAAACUGGGUCAGCCAGGACAUUACACUCUUUUUGCCCCGACCAAUGAAGCCUUUGAGCAGCUCGGCAUCGAUGUGCUGGAAAGAAUUCAGAGUGACAAGCAGGCCCUCAAAGCUCUUCUGUCUUUCCACCUCCUGGACUCAAUCCAGUGCUCUGAGGGUAUCCUGGCUGGCACCUCUUAUGAGACACUGGAGGGCAACAACAUUGAAAUUGGCUGUGAUGGCGAAAGCUUGACAGUCAAUGGCAUUAAAAUGGUGCGUCAGAAGGACAUUGUCACCACCAAUGGUGUCAUCCACAUUAUUGACAAAGCACUUGUUCCAGACUCAGCUAAGCAGGUAAUGGAACUGUUGGGAAGUUCCCAGUCAACCUUCAGUGACAUGGUGUCUGAGCUGGGCCUUUCUAGUGGCAUGAGAUCAGAUGCAGAGUACACUUUACUGGCUCCAUUCAACAGUGUCUUUAGUGAUGAAAUAAUGUCCAUGGAUCAGGACUUACUCAAAAUUAUCCUGGAGAACCACAUCUUGAAGAAUAAGAUUGUUCUGGGACAGCUGUACAAUGGCCAGCAGCUGGAGACCAUCGGAGGGAAACUUCUUCGGGUCUUCAUCUAUCGUUCAGCUGUGUGCAUCGAGAAUUCCUGCCUGAUACGAGGCAGUAAAGAAGGAAGCAAUGGGGCCCUUCAUCUCAUGAGGACUCUGUUGAAACCUGCAGAAAAAACUAUGUAUGAGAUUCUGACAGAAAACGGAGGGUUCAAGAUCUUUUUGUCUCUGAUGGAAGCUGCUGGCUUGACUGACGUGCUUCGACAGGAGGGAGGCUUUACUCUGUUUGCCCCAAGCGACAAGGCUUUUGCAGGUUUAAGUGAAAGAGACAUGGCUGUGUUGAAGAAGGACAUAAAUGCACUCAGAACCAUCCUUCUGUAUCACAUCAAUAAUGGUAUCUUCAUUGGCGGUGGUUUGGAGCCUGGGGUGACAAACCUUCUCAAGUCCCUCCAGGGCAGCAACCUUAAAAUUGUAGUUGCAAACAACACUGUGAAGGUUAAUUCUGUUCAAGUCCCUGAGGCUGAUAUGAUGGCCACAAAUGGAGUCAUUCACUUUGUCAACAAGCUGUUGUAUCCUGAAGAAAUCCCUAUUGGAUCCCAGGAACUCCAGAUGGUUCUGACGAAGCUCAUCUCUUAUAUUCAAUUUAAGUACAUUUCUGGAUUCAGAUAUCAGGAAAUCCCCCUUACAUUUUUGAAAGUGACAAGGGUCAUUCAAAGGGAACCCAUCAAAAAAACGGUUACCAGGGUGAUUGAAAAGCAGAAACCCAUCCAAAAGGUUACCAGGGUGAUUGAAACGCAGAACCCCGUCCAAAAGGUUACCAGGGUGAUUGAAAGGCAGAACCCCGUCCAAAAGGUUACCAGGGUUGUCUCUGGGCCUCAAUACUCAGUCAGCACUGGUACCAGCAACAUUGAUCUGGAAGGAGUCGAUCUUUCAGAAGUUUCCACCAUUGAAGCGAGCGAUCUUGACACAUCAAGGCUUACCAAAAUAAUCCAAAAAGGCAGUUCCAGAGGAAAUAAUCCCAGAAGAGUUAUAGCUGGCAGCAGGAGGAGGGGAAGGGACUGAGCACAAGCUGAUGAGAACACCUCCUGGCUAAAAGCCGAAAGAGACGUCAAACCCAGAUUUUAAAGUUGGUGUUUUAAUACAAGGGCUGUGCCUAAAAUUCAUACUGUAAUAGGUAUACCUGACAAAAAAAACUACUCUCAUAAACACUUUAAUGGUGCUUUGAAUGUAUAUAAAGCAAGUUCACAUGAAUAUUUCAGCAUGAUUUUAAAUACACAGAAAGUCAAAGCAGCUAUAGGAUAGUCUGAAUGCAUUCAUUCAUUAGAUUUACAAUAAAAUACUUCAAUUUUGAGCUUCUCUAUGACUUUGCUUAACGCAAAGAGGUUAAAAGCUGCCUGAAAAAUUUCAAAAUCUAAGCAUGAUAAAGAUAAAAAAAAAAAAAAAAAAAAACAUGUUUUCUGACUUUAACU